AAAUCAAAUCACAUUGGAGAAAUGUGCUUAAACAAGAGGAACUAAACUAUUGUCCGCUGAUUGUCCACAUAAACAACUACACGAACAGCAACAGCAACAAAGCGGGAUUCCGCUGUUUUUCAUUGCAAGUUCUAUGGUCCCAUCUUGUUCAUUAGCUUACUAUGGGUGACCGACGCAAGUCAACUACGCGGAAACUCCGCUGCAGCGCCCCCGUAAUCGAAGUUCCCACUGAAAGCGGCUCAGUUACCGUUCCCUGUCACAUGCCACAAAUCGAGAGUUCUAUAACUAUAUCAGUGCAACCGACCUAUACGCUGUUGAUUAUGGAGUUGGAUAGAAGAAGCAUUCCGGAAUCUGUGUACACCUACUAUGAAGCUGAUGACGGAAUGCUUCACGUUGUAUACGAUAGGAUCUUUGUCGUUGAAUCCCUGGCGAAGCUUGGCAGUCAGAUGCUCACCGGUGCACAGCACACGGCUGAGACUAGUGACUGUUACUACGAGGUGACCACGCACAUCGCGCAUACUUUUCGUUUCUCAAAGCAAGCCUAUCUACUUAUGUCUGCUCGGGUAAGACAGAAUUGUAGAACUGUUUUAAUAACUGUGGCUCAUGCCACGGAGGAGCGCACACGAAGUGAAUCAUCUGAAGAGGUUGAAUGAAAACCCUGAUUCUGAGAAUAAAUUUCCUGCAAUACAUCCUACCUGCUUUGUUGAAGCGUUUUCAUUUGUUUAACCACAACCUUGUUAGUUUAAUAAACGUCUGCAAUAU